UCUACUUCAAAGACAUGAAUUUAAAACUUUUAAUGCUUUUGAGUGUACUUGCAAUCACUGUAUUGUCUCAUCCGCACUUUACAGGAAUUUAAAAGUCCAUACACCUCAUAAUGAAUUUAUAAUUGGAUUUGGAUGAAUCAGCCAUAAUUCAUCCUGGUUAAGCAACUUCAGAAAGGCUAACUUUUCUCAUGCUUUUUUGCGCAUGUCACACAUAUAACAUACAUAAUUAAGAAUAAUUACAGCAGUCAGACAGUGACAUCAGCCACACCCACAGGUGUCCUGAGUAUCAGGAAGCAACACUGUCUGAACUCUUCACUGGCUGUUUAUACAUUUCUAUAGACGUUACACCAUCAUAAUUGAAAGAAAACUUGCAAUUCAGUUCAUUCAGGAGAAUUUGUGUGGUUUCCAGCUCACUGCUUCAUUCACAGGAGAUAAUUAGGUGGAUUUUGAGCUUUUCUUUCUGUGCUGUGAUUGGUCAUUUCAGCUUCUGACAGACGCAUAAGUGUCUGCUCCUGUCCUUUCACUUUCAGUCAAUUUAUUUGGCUCCAUGGUGACAUUACUCAAACGCUUCCAGUGACUGAAAGGGAAGAACUGGGAGCAAAGGUGGCCUCACUUUGUUCGUAAAAAUGUUCAUCAUAUUUCUGCUUUCAUGUUUGGCUAUAAUAGUACCUGCAAUACCGGUUAGUCCAAGAACUCGUCCUCUGCAGCAGUCACAGAAGGGAGUCAGUCAUGGAAGUCAACCUGUUGAUGCCACAAUCAGGAAACCUGAGGCUCAGAUGGACCCGUCUCUUCCUCACAGUGUGGACCAACCACAGCCUGGAAAUCCCCAGCAGCCGGAUCAACAGGCCAACAACCAACAACAGGCCAACAACCAACAUUCAUUACAACAUUACGCAUUGUUUCCACAAGGGGGCAGCCCAGUGAUGUUGCCCCUUCCUCAGAGUGUCGCUGGAUUUCUACCACCUAACCAGCUGACCCUUGCUCAGCAGCCUCUGAUUUUUCCAUCGUACGGAUUCAUGCCUGUAUUCCCCUCACCCUAUAGCAAUCAGCUGUUCUCCCCAUAUGGAUUCCCGAAGGUUUCUGAGUCUCCCCUCCCUCAAACUCCAAUAAAUCAGCUCACCAACGGUCCAGUUCUGCCAGCAGAAAAUGCUGCAGGGGCAGCUGCACCUUCCAUGGCUGCAGCUCAACAAACACAACAACAGAAUCCCCCAGUCGUGUACAUGCUCCAGCAACCCAUGAAUCCCUCACUUGGAGGUCUUAGCUCAGAGGAACUGGAGAUAGCAGCAAAACUGAGCCAGCUGGGUAUGUUUAUGCCCACCAUGCUUGCGAACCUUCCUGCUGGAGCAGCAGCUGUUCAGGCGCAGAGUCAGUUUGCCGGAAUCACAAACCCAGACCAACGGGCUGCCAGACAAACUGCAGGGACCUCAGCUUCUGGAGCCCAACCAUUACAGGGUCUACCUUGCUCUGGAUCACAGCUGAAUGUUAACAACCCGCCUGCAGGUCUGGAGAGAGCAGUGCCUAAAACUCCCACAGUCCGAUCAGCGGAUCGACCCAAACUCCGGCCCACACAGAGAAACCUGGCUUAAAACUGCAGCAGCUGCUAACACUUACUCAUGAUGUUUUAAAAUAUCAACUGCAAAAUAAAAGGCUAGCAAUUUAUCACUAAGGUGUCUUUAGAAUAUGCCUAACAUUGUUGGUAUUUUUUGCCUUUAGUACGGUGUUUUUAUAUACAAUGUUAAAUAAAGAAGACAAUCAGAGACUGACUCUGUCUUUCAA